AUGCCCCCCCCUGCGCCCGGGGCCCGGCUCCGGCUUCUCGCCGCCGCCGCCCUAGCUGGCCUGGCCGUCAUCAGCCGAGGGCUGCUGUCCCAGAGCCUGGAGUUCAACUCUCCUGCCGACAACUACACAGUGUGUGAAGGCGACAACGCCACCCUCAGCUGCUUCAUUGACGAGCACGUGACCCGCGUGGCCUGGCUGAACCGCUCCAACAUCCUGUACGCGGGCAACGACCGCUGGACCAGCGACCCGCGGGUGCGGCUGCUCAUCAACACCCCUGAGGAGUUCUCCAUCCUCAUCACCGAGGUGGGGCUCGGCGACGAGGGCCUCUACACUUGCUCCUUCCAGACCCGCCACCAGCCGUACACCACUCAGGUCUACCUCAUCGUCCAUGUCCCUGCCCGCAUCGUGAACAUCUCCUCGCCUGUGACAGUGAAUGAGGGGGGCAAUGUGAACCUGCUUUGUCUGGCCGUGGGGCGGCCGGAGCCCACAGUCACCUGGAGGCAGCUCCGAGACGGCUUCACCUCGGAGGGCGAGAUCCUCGAGAUUUCUGACAUCCAGCGGGGCCAGGCCGGGGAAUACGAGUGCGUGACUCACAACGGAGUUAACUCCGCGCCCGACAGCCGCCGCGUGCUGGUCACAGUCAACUAUCCUCCGACCAUCACAGACGUGACCAGCGCCCGCACCGCCCUGGGCCGGGCCGCCCUCCUGCGCUGCGAAGCCAUGGCGGUGCCCCCCGCGGAUUUCCAGUGGUACAAGGAUGACAGACUGCUGAGCAGCGGCGCGGCCGAGGGCCUGAAGGUGCAGACGGAGCGCACCCGCUCGAUGCUUCUCUUCGCCAACGUGAGCGCCCGGCACUACGGCAACUACACGUGUCGCGCAGCCAACCGGCUCGGAGCGUCCAGCGCCUCCAUGCGGCUCCUGCGCCCAGGAUCCCUGGAGAACUCGGCCCCGAGGCCCCCAGGGCCCCUGACCCUCCUCUCCGCCCUGGGCUGGCUGUGGUGGAGAAUGUAGGUGCAACCCCGCGGAGCUCGCCUCCCCCUGCAGGGGGCCUCGGGCCAAGAGCAAGAGGAAGGGGGAGCAAGAGCUGUGGGUCUCGAGGGGGCGGAAGAGCUCUCGGCCACCAAGGAAGAGGAGAGGAAGCGGAGGAGGAGGAGGAAGAGGAGGAAAGAUCUUUAGAGAACCCAUCACUGUGAGGGAUAACGCAAAAUUAUGCAUCUUUCUACAGCCAUUUCCACCACCCGUUCACGUUUCCGAUUGUGACCCACCCCCACCACCCCAUACCCCUCUCUUAGCUCAGGCUGUCAACUGGCUCGUGUGGGUGUGUGUGUGUGUGUGUGAGUGUGCGCCUGCAUGUGUGUGUACGUGUGUGUGGGUG